CAUCUGGGGGAGAGGCUCGGAGUUUGGGGAGCGGAGUUGUUGGGGUGGGGAAGAGCAAGAGGGAGAGAGCGGCGCACAUGCAGAUCUCCAGCGGCACCCUUGAGAAACACCCAGCUAGGCUGGUUAUGAAGGAAGAAUGGAGUUUCCAGACCAUAGCCGGCAGUUGCUGCAGUGUCUGAGUCAGCAGCGUCACCAGGGCUUCCUGUGUGACUGCACUGUUUUAGUUGGAGACGCUCAGUUCCGAGCCCACAGAGCGGUCCUCGCCUCUUGCAGCAUGUACUUCCAUCUUUUCUACAGGGACCAGCUAGACAAAAGGGACAUUGUGCAUCUGAACAGUGACAUCGUCACCGCCCCGGCCUUCGGCUUGCUCCUCGAAUUCAUGUACCAAGGCAAGCUGGAGUUCAGCAGCCUCCCGGUCGAGGAUGUGCUCGCCGCGGCCAGCUAUCUGCACAUGUACGACAUUGUGAAAGUCUGCAAGGGCAAGCUGAAAGAUAAAGAAUUGUGCGCGGACGAGAAGACGAACGGCAGCGGCGGGGUCCAUUCGGAGAAGGACGCCCGGGUCCUGGAUGACGGAGUACCCUUGGGGCACGGCGAGUUCAGCCCCGGAGAGAAAUACAAAAUGAUUGCUGCAGAAUACGAACGUUCUGCUGGAAAUGAGAAGGGCAGCGGUUACCCAGGCUGGUCUCCCGAUCUUGUCGGCUCCGUGUUAGGCGAGGCAGAAUUGGACACCACCGUGGCAGCUGAAAAAACAAGGGCAAACGUCAGCAGUUUGGCGGGACCUGCGUCCCAAAGACCUCCUCGCCACCCUUUGGCUUCAAGGGAGGCGGAGUGUGCUCUAGACCUGUCUUUCAAGCCCCUGGCAGGGCGAGACGGCUUCCAGCCCUCCUUCAUCUUCGGGCAGCUGGCUGCCGACGGGCUACAGCGGCAGGGGAGCGAGCCCUUUGUCAAAGACGAAGAAGGGUCUCUGUCGGACGGGGAAGACGAGGAGGAGGAGAGGGGCCUAGAAAGCCAGCGCUUUGGGAAUUCUGGCCAGAGCCUGGCCCUAGGGCUGGGGACCGUGUUUGUUGCCAGCAACGGGGACACUCCCGUGACCCCGGAGGAAGACGUUGACCAGGAGCGGGAGGCGAGCGAGGACGACAUGGCCUCCUCCGACGUCUCGUCCUCGGGGGUCGUGGUGCCAGCCGGGCACAUUUGCAUCUGCCCGCUCUGCAGCAAAGUCUUCCCCAGCCCUCACGUCCUGCAGCUCCACCUCAGCUCCCACUUCCGAGACAAGGACGGCUCUCGGACCAGGCUCUCUCCGGACGGGUCGGUGCCCACCUGUACUCUGUGCGGCAAGACCUUCUCCUGCAUGUACACGCUGAAGAGGCACGAGAGGACUCACUCCGGGGAGAAGCCGUACACCUGCGGCCAGUGCGGCAAGAGCUUCCAGUACUCCCACAACCUCAGCCGCCACGCAGUGGUGCACACAAGAGAGAAGCCGCACGGCUGCAAGUGGUGCGAGAGGCGCUUCACGCAGUCCGGGGAUUUGUACAGACACAUCCGCAAAUUUCAUUGUGGCCUUGUAAAGUCGCUGGUGGUUUGAGGGAAGUUGUUUGUCGUUUCAAAAGACACCCGACUGCUCUUCAUGCCGGUUCGCUUUGGGCAAAUGAUACGGGGAAGGAGGGUGGGAAAUAAUGUAGGUCUACAUUUCAUUGCAG